GGCCGAGGGGGGAUCGCACCAAAAUCUUCCGCAAAGCAAAAACGCCACCACCGCGCACGCACAGCACAUGGCAUCACCGUCUCCCCUACGCCUCUCCGCGCCCGCGCCGUAACGCCACGCCUCCCAGUAAACGCCACCGCCUCUUUAACCCCGCCGCGGCGGGCUCGGGCGCAGCACGGGCUCCCCUCCUCCGCUGUUAGUUUUUGAUGCCACGGAGGCCUCAGCCCAGUAGACCAGGACCCCACGCCGCCGUCGCCGCUAGUGCCGCGCCCGCUGCCCGCCGAUGCCGGUGAAGCGGUCGGUCUCGCUGGCGGCCCUCCCGCUGGCUGGCCGCCGCGCGCGGGCCCGCCUCUGCCUCCGCCUCGCCGCGCCCCUCUCAUUCCUGCUCCUCCUAACGGCGCUGCUCCGUGCCCGGCCCUUUCUGGGCGUUCCGCCCGCCGCCGGGCCUGCCAAGGUCGCCUUCCUCUUCCUCGUCCGCGCGGGCGUGCCGCUCGACUUCCUCUGGGACGCCUUCUUCCGCAACGGCGAGGAGGGGAGGUUCUCGGUGUACGUGCACUCGGCGCCCGGGUUCCAACUCGACCGCACCACCACGGGAUCGCCGUAUUUCUACGGGCGGCAACUCACUAGGGGCGUGAAGGUGUCGUGGGGAGAAGCGACCAUGGUCGAGGCAGAGAGGAUGUUGUUCGCCGCCGCCCUUCAGGAUCCGGCGAACCAGCGCUUUGUUUUGCUCUCGGAUAGCUGUGUUCCUCUCUACAAUUUCAGCUACAUAUAUACUUACUUGAUGGCUUCACCUAAAAGUUUUGUAGACAGUUUCAUUGACAAGACAGAGAAGCGUUAUAAUCCAAACAUGUCUCCGGCCAUUCUAAAUGAUAAAUGGAGGAAAGGAUCUCAGUGGGUCGCAUUAAUCAGAAAACAUGCUGAAGUUGUUGUUGGUGACAAAACUGUGUUACAAGUAUUCAGAAGACAUUGCAAGAUGGUAAUGACCAAGACCUUGGCACGAAAGCCAAAUGCUAGACGAUUAGGAUUCAAUUUUCAGAGAAACCAGGUACUGAAAAGAGCUGCUCGAGAGGAGCAUGAUUGUAUUCCGGAUGAACACUAUGUGCAGACAUUAUUUUCUAUCAAAGGUCUUGAAGAUGAAUUGGAAAGAAGAACUUUGACCUAUACAUCAUGGAACCGAUCAUCAAAUCCAAAAGACAAAAUGGCUUGGCAUCCUAUGAAAUUUGAGUAUGACACCUCUAGUCCUGAGCAUAUCAGUGCUAUCAAGGAUCGAACACAACAAUUGGUCUCAGAGCCAGAGUUGAUCGAUCCUGGCGAUGUCGGCUCCUACGAGUGCUGCGGCUUUGAGUCCUAGGCAGCAGUUCAACCACCACCGCUCCCCAUCACCGCCACCAUGACGAUUGCGACACCGAGACAGUGGAUACGAUGUGGUCAUCUGACGUGUGUGGUCAAGGAGGUUGGCGGCGCGUCGUACCCGAUCCUCACACGGAGCAACUACGCCGACUGGAGCCUGCUCAUGAAGGUCAUGCUGCUGGCUCACGGCCUUUGGGACGUAGUGGAGUUUGGCGAUUCUGAUUUCCAGGAAGACCAUAUGGCACUGGAGGCCAUCCUCCACGACAUGCCCCAGGAGAUGAUUGGCACACUUGCUGUCAAAAUGAGCGUCAAGUAGGCCUGGGACGCCAUCAAGGCCUCGGCGCAACAGCUGUAGAAGGAAUUCGAGGCAAUCUCGUUCCGCGACAGGGAGACGAUCGAUGAUUUCGCGAUGCAUCGGCAGAAAGCUUCUCACCGAGGGGCAAUGGCUCGCGCGCAUGAAGGAGCGGAAGCAGGGCGAAGGGUCCUUGGGUAGCAGCAAUGCCCGUCCCCGUGCGCGCGCACCACGGAAGAAAGAGGGAGGUGACAACUCCGAUAGCAAGGAGGCCGCACACGAUCUCUCCCAUGACAAAUUCCGCAAUUGCGGCCACUAUGGCUACUAGGCUAAGCACUGCCGAUCACCCAAGGAGUAGGUUUAUUUAGCCCGGGGCGAGGAGGAAGAAGACGAGCCUGCGCUCCUGAUGGCGUAGGUGUGCGCUCCCAAUGAUGCGCAGGAGCCACCGCCAAGCCACAUCCACCUCGAUGAGCCGGCGCGCGCAAGUCCACCUUGGUGCCAGUGACGACGGCGACCACCUAGAGGGGCUGGUACUUCGACAUCGGCACCACUAUCCACAUGACGGGUCACCACAAUGUCUUUGCGAAGCUCGAUUAAGGUGUUAUAGCCUUCGUCUGUUUCGGAGAUGGCUCGGUGGUCGACAUCCGCGGCUGU